UUCGAGAAAAGAAACAAUAUUAUUGGAUAUAUGAAAAAAACAACUUUUGUCCAAGGAUGAACGUGAAGGUUUCAAAGACAAGCUUAUUUAUAUUUGGAAUAAUUUAUCUGAGUGUAACACUGAUCACCAUAGUCUACGUAACUCUGGUAUUAUCACCAGUCAAAUAUCAGUUCCUGGAAGUUAGGCCAGAUUUUAACUUUUCCAAAUCUCUGGACACGAAAGAAUGGAUACGGGAAGCACAUUUAAAUACAAUAUUGUUGCAAAAUGAUUCAGGACAAUCAAAACAACUUUUUCAAAACAUAUCAACCACUGUAACAAUCUUGUUCACAUUGAAUAAUAAAAUGACAAAACCGGCUUUUCCUACAAAAAAUGUGUAUUUAGCACAAUCUCGUGCCAACUAUUCAAGACAGUGGAAGGGUAAACACCGAAAAGCUGGUGAAAUAAUAAAGUAUCCACAAAAUUUGCCUCCGUCUUUCAACUCAAGUAGCUAUAAAAAUGUAACUAAAUAUUUGUGCUAUCUAUGCGACACCAACUCGAUGUGUGGUGGAUUGGGAGAUAGACAGAGGCCGCUGACAUCUGUUUACAUCUGGUCUAGGAUUAUACAACGCAAGUUUAAGUUGAUCAUGACUACUCCUUGUAAUCUGUCUGAUUUUUAUGUUCCCAACAAAGUGGACUGGUUACCUGAAGCCAAUGAGCUAGAACCCCCUUCAGUAAAUAAUACGAUUUCUACUUAUGGAUACAACCCAAUGGUGAAAGACCCUUGGUCGAUGAGCAUGCAAGGAGAUUUUGAGAAAUACUUUCCCAACAAAGUUAUCUACGUUCGAACAAACAACGAUCUUAUCUAUCAUGUGACUGAUAACAAAUUUUAUGCUGACAUAGCAAGGCAAUGGUCAGGUCUCAGAGAUCCCAGAAGUCGAUUCUUUUGGUCCUGGCAUGAGCUAAUGAAACCUUCGACUAAUUUAACAUCACGCUUACAGGGCAUUUUAGGCUCAGAAUUCAUAAAGAGAAAAGGACUAGAUUUAAGCAUGGAGGACGUUACUCCACUGUUCAAUGUUGGUAAUAGAAGCCUUAUCUGUGCUCAUGUCAGAGUUGGGAAAAAUCCAUCUAAUCCAAAGGAUGAACCUUUUAUUGCAAUAACAGAUGAGGAUAUUCCUGUUUUGUUCAAUUUUAUGAAGAAGAAAGACACCAACAGUAGCGCUAAUUUCUUUAUAUCAACCGACUAUAUAGCUGUCAGAAAUCUGGCUCAAGACUUCUUUGGUACUCAGUACAUAAAUUAUGGAGGUCUAAUCUCGCACAUUGAUCGCCAGAGAGGUGAUAAGAACUCGUGUCAAGGUUUUGAGAGCGCUCUGUUAGAUCAGGCAAUUCUUAGUCUUUGUGAUGUCCUGGUAAUAAGCAGAAGUGGCUUCAGUGUUAAAGCCGCUCACAUGCGCAACAGCACUGCACCAGUCUACGUGAUUGACAAUAAAGAAGUUAGCGUUUUGGAAGAGUAGGUUAUUGAACAACCUGGAAAUCUCUCAUGUAUAUGAAGACAGACUAUUUCUAAUAGCUCUAUACAAUGUAGAGUUUACGUAGAUAAAUACAACGUUUGAAAAUUAGCACAAUAUAUUUUA